GGAAGUAGGAGGAUUUGCCUACUGGGGCUUCUGUGAGCUGCCAGCAGCGUCCACGGCAGGACUUCCUAGCUCUUUGCAUGUCAUUUGCAUGGCUCAGCUCUGCGCUCUCUACUUCUGCUUGUGGUUUCCUGGUCCAUCUCCAGGUCCACACAGCUGGACCACGGCCUGCUCAGCUUCCCUCUAUGACCUGGCCCGAGCAGCCAGCUUCAGGGUCUGCUUGGAUGGGGUGAAUGCAGUGAAAUUCCUGAGAGAGACAGGGAUUGUGGCAGAGACGAUAGCAGGAGAGUUCCGUGUCCUGAAAGCUUGCUCAGUGCAUCCCUGCGGCAUGUAAUCUUCCCAACAGCCCUGUGGGGCGAUGACUCAGGAUGCAGCCAGGGGCCACGACGUGCACGGAGGACCGCAUCCAGCACGCCCUGGAGCGCUGCUUGCACGGGCUCAGCCUCAGCCGCCGCUCCACCUCCUGGUCAGCUGGGCUGUGUCUAAACUGUUGGAGCCUGCAGGAGCUGGUCAGCAGGGAUCCGGGCCACUUCCUUAUCCUCCUUGAGCAGAUCCUGCAGAAAACCCGAGAGGUCCAAGAGAAAGGCACCUAUGACCUCCUCGCACCCCUGGCCCUGCUCUUCUAUUCUACUGUCCUCUGUACGCCACACUUCCCGCCAGACUCAGAUCUCCUUCUGAAAGCAGCCAGAACCUACCACCGAUUCCUGACCUGGCCGGUUCCGUACUGCAGCAUCUGCCAGGAACUGCUCACCUUCAUCGAUGCUGAACUGAAGGCCCCAGGAAUCUCCUACCAGCGACUGGUGAGGGCGGAGCAGGGCCUGUCCACAAGGAGUCACCGCAGCUCCACCGUCACGGUGCUCUUGCUGAACCCCGUGGAGGUGCAGGCUGAGUUCCUUGACGUGGCCGACAAGCUGAGCACACCAGGGCCCUCGCCGCACAGCGCCUACAUCACCCUGCUCCUGCAUGCCUUCCAGGCCACCUUUGGGGCCCACUGUGACCUCUCUGGUCUGCACCGCAGGCUGCAGUCCAAGACCCUGGCAGAGCUCGAGGCCAUCUUCACGGAGACAGCCGAGGCACAGGAGCUGGCCUCGGGCAUCGGGAAUGCAGCUGAGGCCCGGCAGUGGCUCAGGACCAAGCUGCAGGCGGUGGGAGAGAAGGCCGGCUUCCCUGGUGUCUUAGACACCGCAAAACCUGGCAAGCUCCGCACCAUCCCCAUCCCGGUCGCCAGGUGCUACACCUACAGCUGGAACCAGGACAGCUUCGACAUCCUGCAGGAAAUCCUGCUCAAGGAGCAGGAGCUGCUCCAGCCAGAGAUCCUGGACGACGAGGAGGACGAGGACGAGGAGGACGAGGAAGAGGACUUGGACGCCGACGGCCACUGCGCGGAGAGGGACUCCGUGCUCUCCACCGGCUCGGCGGCCUCCCACGCCUCCACGCUGUCCCUGGCCUCGUCCCAGGCCUCGGGGCCCACGCUCUCCCGCCAGUUGCUGACCUCCUUCGUCUCUGGCCUCUCGGAUGGCAUGGACAGCGGCUACGUGGAGGACAUCGAGGAGAGCGCCUACGAGCGGCCCCGGAGGCCUGGCGGCCACGAGCGCCGGGGCCACCGCCGGCCUGGGCAGAAGUUCAACAGGAUCUAUAAACUCUUCAAGAGCACCAGCCAGAUGGUGCUGCGGAGGGACUCGCGCAGCCUGGAGGGCAGCCCGGACAGCUCCCUGCCCCUGCGUCGGGCCGGCAGCCUCUGCAGCCCCCUGGACAGCCCGACCCUGCCCCCGUCCCGGGCCCAGCGCUCCCGCUCGCUGCCCCAGCCCAAGCUCGGCCCCCAGCUGCCCGGCUGGCUCCUGGCCCCCGCCUCCCGCCACCAGCGCCGCCGCCCCUUCCUGAGCGGGGACGAGGACCCCAAGGCUUCCACGCUGCGUGUCGUGGUCUUCGGCUCGGAUCGGAUCUCGGGGAAGGUGGCCCGGGCUUACAGCAACCUGCGGCGGCUGGAGAACAACCGUCCUCUCCUCACGCGGUUCUUCAAGCUACAGUUCUUCUACGUGCCUGUCAAGCGGAGCCGUGGGACAGGCACCCCCACCAGCCCAGCCCCUCGGAGCCAGACGCCCCCCCUCCCCACAGACGCCCCGAGGCACCCGGGCCCUGCAGAGCUGGGCGCCACCCCCUGGGAGGAGAGCACCAAUGACAUCUCCCACUACCUCGGCAUGCUCGACCCCUGGUACGAGCGAAACGUCCUGGGCCUCAUGCACCUGCCUCCUGAAGUCCUGUGCCAGCAGUCCCUGAAGGCUGAGCCCCGGCCCCUGGAGGGCUCCCCUGCCCAGCUGCCCAUCCUGGCGGACAUGCUGCUCUACUACUGCCGCUUCGCUGCCCGGCCGGUGCUGCUGCAGGUCUAUCAGACCGAGCUGACCUUCAUCACCGGGGAGAAGACGACGGAGAUCUUCAUCCACUCCCUGGAGCUGGGCCACUCUGCUGCCACACGCGCCAUCAAGGCUUCGGGUCCUGGCAGCAAGCGGCUGGGCAUCGAUGGUGACCGGGAGGCCGUCCCUCUAACACUACAGAUAAUUUACAGCAAGGGGGCCAUCAGCGGCCGGAGUCGCUGGAGCAACAUGGAAAAGGUCUGCACCUCUGUCAACCUCAGCAAGGCCUGCCGGCAGCAGGAGGAGCUAGACUCCAGCACGGAGGCCCUGACGCUAAACCUGACAGAAGUGGUGAAAAGACAGACCCCUAAAUCCAAGAAGGGCUUUAACCAGAUCAGCACGUCGCAGAUCAAAGUGGACAAGGUGCAGAUUAUCGGCUCUAACAGCUGCCCCUUUGCCGUGUGUCUGGACCAGGACGAGAGGAAGAUCCUGCAGAGUGUGAUCAGGUGCGAGGUCUCGCCCUGCUACAAGCCUGAGAAGAGCAGCCUCUGCCCCCCACCCCAGAGGCCCUCCUACCCGCCAGCGCCGGCCGCGCCUGACCUCUGCUCCCUGCUCUGCCUGCCCAUCAUGACUUUCAGCGGAGCUCUGCCCUAGCCACCACCCUGCACCAGCCUGGACAGGGAGCCGGGGGGCAGCCUCCUCGGAGCCCCCUCCCCAGAAGACUGGCGGCUGAGAGGGUCGUGCUCCCUGUGGAGAACGGAGGGGCCGUGUGCUGGGUCAGGGUCCCACUGUGGGCCCUGCAGCAGCAAGAGCGGGGGCUGCUGGGGCCUCAGGGCUCUGUUUGGGCGAGAAGCAGGCAUUAGGGAGAGGGCCUGGCCCCAUGGCCCUCAGCUUCCUCACAGUAGCGGAGAGAGGGAUGGGUGAGCUGACCUCAAGGCCCUGGCCUCCAGUGGGGUCCAGGAUCCUUUCUGGAAGAAAGAUCUGAGGCGCUGGUGCUCUGGGGUGUGGUGUAGGCCUCUCCUCCCAGCCCUGGGCCAGGCCACCCCGUUACUUUGUCAGAGACUUGGGGAUCCUCUGUGUCUGGGGGUUCAAGCAGUGGAAAUAUGGAUUCGACUUUUCUGACGUUGGUGCCAUCCCCGCCCCCACCUCACCCUCUCACUCACACACACACACACACACACACACACACACACACAUAUACACACACACCUUCUCUCUGUCAAGUUCCCUGGGUCUUCCGUGAAACAGCACUAACACUUGACCUGCCUGUGUCAGCACUUGGAACAGAUGCUCCCUGGAUCGAGAGCCUUGGGAGACAGGACAAGCUUAGGUUCGGUGGUGGCUCAGUUACCUUCUAGCGAAAUGAGCAGAAGGAGGUGAAUUGGCUCCUCCGAGGCUCCCCUACCUGGGCACUAAGAUGGGGAGAAUAAGGCCGCCUUAAAGGGUUGGGGUGAUGUCGUCUGCAAAGUGCCUGGCCCAGUGGCCGGCUGGUAGGUAGCAGGUGCGGCCUCACCCUCUGGGCGCCGACUCCCCCGUGUGGCGGGAGGCUAAAAGGAUGCCCUGCCCCCGUGAUGCUGUCAUUCCCUCCUUCCAAUUCACUGAUGAGGCAGGACCCAGACUGAGGGGGUGAGGGAGCACGCAGUUCUACCCUUUGAAGGAGGAAGUGCCUUGAUCAGAGUAAGAGGAGGGUCGCCCAGGCGCCCCCAGCCGCCCCCUCCUCCUCUCCCAGGUUGGCCCCUGUGCCUCCCACUCCCAUCUCACUCCUUGGGCUGGCGCACAUCACGGGCACAGUCCUCCAGCCCCACAGUUCACUGGUGCCAUGGCCCCUGGGUCGGCUCGCAGAGGAUGGAGGAUGCAGAGCUGUCCUCGAGGAGCUUGGGGUCUGAUGGGGAAAAUGGGUGAUGGAACAUGAGCGCCGAAAGAUUUAAAACUCCAGGUUGCAGUGGUCGGAGAAGCCGGCCGCACACGCGGACUAGGGUGGUAGGGAGAGGGCAGGGCUUGGGGCCGGGAUUUGGACUAGGAGAGGCUGGGGAGGUAACCAGAGAAGCAGACAGUUGUAUCCCGCACAGACCUCCCCGCCCCUCCCCUCCUGCUCUUGCUUCACCUGCUUCAAAGGGUCUGGGCUUUAGCAGCCCGUGGUGCCCAGCGCAGGGUACUCAGGACUCGAGAGACGCGGACCGUGCCAGUUCCCACCCUGUGCCACUCCAGGCCCCAGGGAGGGGUUUGCAAUAUACCCUCAACGUUUUUGUGUGUGUGGUAAGGUCGUCCUAGGACCCAAAAUGGAAUUUAACAUUAUUGUCAAAUAAAACUUGAUUUGUCUUGGA